CUUCGACUUCCCGCGUCUACAAUGCCAGUAUGGAGCGCACCUCACCGCCAUGUCGCACUCGACGCUGCCCGCGUCCGCAUAUGAAGCGCUCGAACUCCCGCCAGCAACAAUUGAAAUUCUGACGAACCCAAAGCCUGGUGACCCUCUUGCCCCCGAAGCAUCACCAAAUCUGUUGCAGGGCGCGCAGAAACCUGAGCAACCCCUAGCUCCAAACGAGUCAUCUAUUAUCCUUUACGCUGAGCUCCUGCUACAUAUUCGGACGGUUACACUCUUUGCUUCUCUCCGCAGCUUCCACACGCGCGAGACGAAAGCUCAGCUCGCUACCGACGGCUUUUCCAUCACCGUUACGCAUGAGGGCGAGUCGGCAACGAUCCAUCUCCCGAUCAAGGUGAAGGGAGGAGGGGAUGCGGCGCUUUCGCUGCCGGCACAGCCACCGAGCAAGGAAUUGACUCUGCGGCUACAGAUUGAAGAGAAGGAAGGCACCGACUUGCUCGGGACGCUGCGGUCUGAGCAGAGGAAUGCGAACCUCGUCCCCUGGGAUGGCGCAUCCCUCAAUCACAUCCGGGCUGUAGAAAUCCGCUGCAAGAGUUGUCAGGGCGUCAUUGCGCCUGCUAGUAAAGUUGGUGAAUGGAGAGACUUGCCCAACGAGAACUGGGCUGAGAUGAUGGACUUUUGGCAUUGCCACAAGCCCGAUGAACAUCAUCUGCAUGACCACAAUCGCCAUGCGAUCGUCGGCAAGAAAGGCUACGCCGCUGGCAAUCGACUCAAGGCAGUCGAUGGCGUGGGAUUCGUAGACCUCGCAACCUUCUUGUUGAAAGAGCAGGACUGCGAAGGUGCCGAGUCUCCAUCAGAGUGCGACUCUCAAGACAGCACCUUAUUCUGCAAGCAAUGCAAACACAUGCUGGGCACCAAAGAUGCCAGUUCUGACGGCUGGCGAAUAUGGAAAUGGUGUAUCAGUAUCGCCUCCGGCUCUAGCUCAAGGCCAAGCAUAUACAGUAUCCAGAAAUGGAUAUCUGCCCGCCUACUAUUCCUGACAGAGAACCAAGGUGUCCGGAAGUUUCACGUCCAUCCUGAUACCGAUUCACCGCAAACUGCUCCUAUUUCCUCGCUACUUAUUUGGGUCUUCACGCCAGAUCUAUUCUACUCAUCUUCUAUCCCUUCUGACGAUCGAAAUGGCCCUACCAGGUCUAUGAAAGUCUUCUAUCAAAGCCAGACCUAUACACCACCCCAGACUGGUGAGCCAGAGAGCGCGUCGAUAGAGGACGUCGCGUUUCCAAAGGAGCUGUUUGAAGCAUUAGAAAGGACGUUGAAAGAGAGUCAGAAGCUGGUCCCAGCCAGCGCAAGAAGGUUUCAGGGUUGGGAAGUCGGGCUUCUAGAGAGGUUCGAUCUCGGAGAUAUGAAGAGCCUUGCGCUAGAGCAGUGCGACCAAAGUACUCAACAAAUCGACGCAUCGGCUUGAAGUAAUCAUCAGGUCAUUGACAG